AUGGACAAAGAAGGCACUGGGCUUAUAGCAGGAGACUUGAGGGGUCGACAUAAUAAUCGGAAAAGUUUGAUACCGAAUGAAGUUAAAGAAUCUGUUAGAGAUCAUAUUUCGUUAAUUCCUAUAGUGGAUUCACAUUAUGUAAGAAAAAGAACUUCCAAACUGUACUUUGAAGAAACUUUAACAUACCCUGCAUUGUACAGGCUUUACGUUGAUUGGAUGAAAGAAAAUCGUCCGUUGAAACAAGUGGCAAAUUCUAGGCAAUAUAAGGCCAUUUUUUAUAACGAAUAUAAUAUUGAAUUCCAUAAGCCUAAGAAAGACCUUUGUAUUCUUUGUGAUAGAUAUAAGAGAGGAUCUGAAAAAGAAAAAGAUGACAUGAAGCUUGAGUACACCUUGCAUAUUGCGAAUAAAACAGUGGUAAGAGAGGUGAAAGAGACUUAUAAGUAUCAGUCGAAACAAUCUAACGUUAUAGUUACAGCCGCUUAUGACUUACAGAAAGUAUUGAAUACACCUCAAUCAGAAGUUUCGCUCUUUUACUACAAAAGGAAAUUUGCCGUAUACAAUUUUACUAUAUAUGAUAUAGGAAAGGCCGAAGGAUAUUCAUAUGUCUGGAAUGAGACAAUAGGCAAGAAAGGAUCCUCAGAAAUUAGUAGCGCUGUGUUUCUUUUUAUUAAGCAGAAAUAUGAAGAAGUACUGGAGAAAAGAUGUCUUGGACUAAAAUAA